AAAUAAUUACUUAUAUUUAUACUUUUCUAUUUUAUUAUCGUUGAAAACAUUACCAUUAUAUUCUAGAAUGUAUAGUCAUUCAAUUGUAAUAGCUGUUGAAAUAAUUAUAAAUACAUGUUACAUAAAUUUCUAUAUAUUUAUUUGAUUGUAACAUGUCUAAUUAUCUGUCAUUUAAAUAAUCUUAAGAAAAUAAAUAUUUUUUAAAUUUUUCUAUAACAGUAGUUAAUUAAUUAUGUAUGUUUUUUGUCACAAAUAGAUAUACGAAGUUAAGAUUAUGUUGGAUAUGUAGGAAUUAUUGUGCGAGUAGAGUACAUAAUAAAACAUUUUUCGUUAAACAUUUGUUAUAAAUUUUUUUUUCUCAAUAUAAUUAAGUUCUUUUUCUUAUUUUCUUAUAAAUAUUUCGAUAAAAAUACGGACAACCGUGUAAAUAAGUUAUUAUUAAUUCUUACAAACAAGUGAUAUACUCUUGCCUGACCAAUGUCGGGUUAUACUACUUCCGCGGAUCCGAAACGCGUAUAAAAGUGCACGUAGUUAGCUAUGUUUAAAACAACAUUAAAAGAGCUUAAAAUAAUAUAGAUAACGAUAUAGAAGUAGUAUAUUUGUCGGAAGAUAAGAAAGUUAUGACGUGUCACAUAAAUAUUAAGGUAUAAUUCACCGCGCAUGGUUAGUAGAAGCGCGCCAUUGCACGAGUACCAUCGUUCAAUCGAUACACAACGUGACGUCAGACUGAACCGUACAACAGUGUGCCCGUAUUGUCCAUUAAACGAAUUCGCGAUCGGUAAUUUAUUUUAUUUCUAUCUACACACGAAUUUACACGCAUCUCGUAAAUAAAUAUUUAAAACGUGCGCGAAUCGGUUUCCGAAUGUUUAACGAUCGCGCACUAAACGCACACUGUCUCAUCGCGCAUGCGCAGUAAUUCAAGAGCAAGUGCACCGCGCAUACCUGUCGGUGAUUGGUGAAAGGAUAUUGAGAGCAAACGGUCAAGCCAGUCGGCCUGAGGUGAGCAUGGGGAAAGCACGUGUCGUUUGCAUUGUUGCGCGCGAUUCGGCAAGCUUAUACGUCGACUCAAACGUCUCCUCCACCACCACCGACGCUUUCACCACCAGUGAGACGAAGGUAGCCGCUAACGCCAUCACCAGCGUCGCCGUUACUACCACCGAGAACAAUUCUUUGGCUUCCCCUUCUCUGCAUCGGGUUGAUAGCACGAAAAUCGCGGUACCCUCGCUCACGUCGAGAACAGUGCCCGCGAAUGCUAGAUACACCAGCGUACACCGUCGGCCUAUCGCUAUGUUACUCGCGGUGAUCGCGUUCCUCUGCGCCGGCACCAGUGCCGAGGUGUUCACGAACACUUUUCUCGUGAAGAUGAGGCAACCUGCGGAGAGACACGUCGCUGAUCGCGUGGCUAUUAGAAAUGGAUUCGUCAAUCUAGGACCGGUAUUGGACAGUCAAACGGAAUACCAUUUCGUACACAGGGCUCUACCUCAUGCGCGAAGCAAAAGAUCCGUGCCGCAUAUGAGGAAAUUGAAAGUAGAUCCCUUGGUGCACACCGCGGUGCAACAGCCUGGAUUCAAGAGGGUGAAGAGAGGCUACAAGCCGCUGAGCGUGGAUAAUCUUGUGCCCCUUUACCAAAUUAAAAAUCCAGCGAAUCCGGCCAACAGAGACCCGUCAGACCCGUACUUCCAGUAUCAGUGGUACCUGAAGAACACCGGUCAAAAUGGCGGGAAACCGAAGUUGGAUCUGAACGUGAAAGCAGCUUGGGCUCAAGGUGUUACCGGGAAAAAUGUGACCACGGCUAUAAUGGACGAUGGUGUUGAUUAUAUGCAUCCGGAUUUAAAAUAUAAUUACAAUGCCAAGGCUUCUUACGACUUCAGCAGUAACGACCCUUACCCUUAUCCAAGAUACACUGAUGACUGGUUUAACAGCCACGGCACCAGAUGUGCCGGCGAGGUAGCCGCGGCACGAGACAACGGGGUGUGCGGUGUGGGUGUCGCUUACGAUUCGAAAGUCGCCGGGAUUCGAAUGUUGGAUCAGCCUUACAUGACCGAUCUGAUCGAAGCUAACAGCAUGGGACACGAACCUGACCUCAUAGACAUUUAUAGCGCCUCAUGGGGACCGACGGACGACGGGAAGACGGUGGACGGGCCUCGAAACGCGACGAUGAGGGCCAUCGUGCGAGGAGUUAACGAGGGGAGAAGAGGGUUGGGGAAUAUUUAUGUAUGGGCAUCCGGGGACGGUGGAGAAGAAGACGAUUGCAAUUGCGAUGGUUAUGCAGCUAGUAUGUGGACUGUCAGCAUUAAUAGUGCUAUUAACGACGGACAAAAUGCUCAUUACGACGAGAGCUGUUCGAGCACCCUAGCCUCGACUUUCAGCAAUGGGGCUAAGGAUCCAAAUAUAGGGGUGGCUACCACUGAUCUCUACGGUGAAUGCACCACUACUCAUAGCGGAACAUCGGCUGCAGCACCGGAAGCCGCUGGAGUCUUUGCCCUUGCUCUCGAAGCUAAUCCGCAGUUGACCUGGCGAGACAUUCAGCAUCUGACGGUGUUAACGUCAAAGAGAAAUUCUUUGUUCGACGCUAAAGGGAGAUUCCAUUGGACGAUGAACGGUGUCGGUUUGGAAUUUAACCACCUCUUCGGUUACGGUGUGCUGGAUGCUGGUGCGAUGGUUGCCUUGGCGAAGAAAUGGAAAACUGUACCGCCACGGUAUCACUGUGAAGCUGGUUCCGUGUUUGAAACUCAAGAAGUGACGAGCGACCGAUCGAUCCUGUUGAAAAUAAAGACUGAUGCCUGCGCUGGCACCGAGUACGCUGUGAACUAUUUGGAACACGUGCAGGCUGUUAUUUCCGUGAAUGCUUCUCGUCGCGGUGACCUGGAGCUGUUCUUAACUUCUCCCAUGGGUACCAGAUCAAUGAUUCUGAGUCGAAGGACAAAGGACGACGAUCAUAGAGAUGGUUUCACAAAAUGGCCUUUUAUGACCACCCACACCUGGGGAGAAUAUCCUCAGGGGACAUGGCUAUUAGAGGUGAGCUUCAAUACUCAAACUCCCCAGACAGGAUGGAUCAGGGAGUGGACUCUGAUGUUGCAUGGCACCAGAGAUCCACCUUACACCGGACUUCCGGCGGCUGAUCCACACUCGAAACUGGCGAUCGUCAAGAAGGCUCACGAAGAACGUUCGACCGCGAUGUAACCAGGAGGAACUCCAUGAUUUUAGGAACGUUCAUAUCGAGAGAGAAAGAAAGAGAGAAAGAGAAAGAUACGUUUAUGCAACAAGUCUUUAUCGUUUAAGGAUCUGAUUUUUACAGGUGUGAAAAUUCGAAAGCAACCAUCGUGCUGUGUUUCCGUGAUCGUUUGCUGAUUAUUGUACCAUAAAAAGCUUUGUGUUCUCAAUUCUGAUCUCAAUUCAGUUACGUUCGAAUUUUUCAACAGGAACAAUCGUACUUUUUGCAAAAUCAAUCCUGCGUGUUAGCAGACGUAAUUAUAUUUUGAUAGGUUGCUUGAAAAUUUUUAGAUUAUAAUUACUAUUAAUGUUAAUGGACGAUGCGUGAGUUUUAUUAUGAUUAAUAGACUAUAAUUAUUAUUGUUAGUAAAGGGCGUUGAUAUGGCAGAGGAAGCAGGGAUGGUGUGAUUGUUUUGCAAAUGUCGACACGUUGAUUGCCAUAAUAAUAAAAAAUAGAGAUAGAGACAGACAUUAUAGGUACGAUCAUUUUUCAUUUUCAAUCUGCUAUAUGCUUUUUCCCAUCUCCUUUUUAUAAUUAUUUUAAGAAAACUUUUCUUCUGGGGCUACCUAUGAAAUUCUAGAAAUAGAAAAACUAAUAGUUCCAUAUACAAAAAGUUUAACGUGGUUACUCAAAAUAGCAUAUAUCCUAUAUUAAGAUUAUGGUGCAGGUCACCAGCGACCCCACGGCAGUCAACGUGUUAAUCUUACUUACGUACAAUCUUUAAUAUCGUAUUUAAAGUUCUUUCAAGAACAUGUCAUUAAGAUUUAACUAUACUUAAUUAAAAUAACAAAGAAGAAAUUAUACUAUUUAUCGUAGCUGUUUGAGCAUUGAAGAGACCUAAAUACCAAAGAUCGAACAUUUUCUUUGAUUCAAAAAAGACAAGAUUUCGACGAAUCAACAAAAAGAACAGUCCUCGGGCUACACCAAAGUUAAUGCCAAAGAGUUUCAGCUGGGAACAAUAAAAAUCAUUCGGUAUGGUCCUCGCAACUCGACGAGCCCGUCCGUACUCGUACCAAUUAAAACAAUGGGAUUCGUAGCCGAGCUUCUUUUAGCGCGUGUCGAGUUGAGAGGCGAUUCUUGUAAACGGAAACGAUCAGACGGGAACACUGAUGGUCCACGCGUGCCAACGUUUCUUUUUGAUCUCUCAAAAGUUCCGAAAGCUUCGCGAAGAAUACGAAUUUCUUUUCGAUGGUAUAUCUAUUAUAGACUAUUAGAUGUUCAACUAUAUAUAUAUGUAUAUAUACACGUACCUAUUGGCUUUAUUCAAAGAAGAAAAUAUUAUUACCUCUCUAAGUGACGCGAGAUUGGGUCCGCAUUGUCUUUUACGGAGGGAUACGUAGUGUUAUUGUUAUCGUGUUUUAAUAUUAUAUUGAUGGACGAUGUGGUGUCGUUUGUUAGAUUAAAAUACAAAUUUAUAUUUUAUUUUGCAACUGUAUUUGUUUAAAAUAUAUUCUACAUACUGUGUGACGAAUUAACUGAUCUUCCUCGGUCAAACAUUCUCUACAAAGAUUGCAAGUACAUAUCGUUACUGAAGAAACAUAUUGUUUUUAAAAAAUAUUGAAAAAGAAAGAAGAAAAAACAUUGCCACUUAGAGAGGCAAUAUCCUAUCUACCCUAAUUGUCAUUUUUUUCUUCUAACAUUCUGUAUAAAUUAUUGUGGUGCGGGUCACCAGUGACAAUUAUGGAUCUUUUUUUUUUUUUGAGAAAAUAGUACUUGAAGGACUAUUACGACCGUCAGACGUUUCUGUCUUUGACGAACUGAAUAAACAUAUCCAUACAUCUCGGAUUCUUCGCAUUACGCACAAAGUAUUUCUGAUAGUAACGAUUUUGUAUGAAAUUCACUUGGGUGGUAGCCAUGAAUUCUGAAUGGAUAUAUCUUUCUUUGAAAUAUGUAUAUUUAAUUGAAUGAUAUCAGAGAUUUUUGGCUACCUCUAAGUCGAGGUCAAAGACCUUUUGAUAUUUUAAAAUUCUUUUAAAAAAAUCUACACAUAAUGGGAAAGAAACGUAUUCUACGUUCGCACGCAUGGACCAGACACAAGAUCAAGACUUCAUAUAAAUCUUCUGCUUUCAUUUCGUAACCCCAUUGUCAGUAAAAUUCAUCAGUAUUAAUUGAACGAUAAUUGAUUCAUUAUUUAAUGAAAUUUUUAGAAAUUUUGAUGCUGGCAAUUAUUAAUUGAAAAUUAAUUAGCCUUUCGAUAUUAACUUAAACAGAGUUAAUACUUAUCUAUUGGAUCUGCAAAUGAUAGCUAAGGUGUUAAUAACGAAAUCGUGCGUGCGGACAAUUUUUCGCAUACAUCUCCAUGAAAUUGGACACCUGAUUUAAAAAAAAAGGUAACAACAUUAUCGACUCAUAGAAUGUGACAAAACCAAUUUGGGAAGGACCUAUUAAGGACUAUGAAUCCUUUGAGUAGCAAAGACGUAGAUAUACGUCCAAGGGUUAUCAAAAAGAUACUUGCAAUAUUUAAAAUUUUGAAAUGGAACUCCCUGCAGAUAGACGACCAAUAAAAAUAAAAUUAACUACUCAAAGGCUUGAUCCCUUGCCUUUCAACGUUGGAUUUUAUUCGUGUCAUAUCUAAUCUAAUUAAGACAAGUUGUAUCUUUAAGUAACCUUACGUAAAAAUUUUAAGAAUUUCAAUUUUCUUCAUUUCAUCGAUCAUGAAAUAAUUGAUUCUAUAAUUCUGGAUCAAUGAAAAACACAUAAGGCAAGGGUUUAAUAGAUCUGAAGAAGAAUGACCUAUCAAUAUUCAUACAACAUCGAUUAUUUCGAAAUUCGAAAUGAUUUGGCCAAUGCUCGCUGCCAUUGCAAAUUGAAUUGAUUCAAAGAAUUCUCGAUUUUUAGAUUGCAAAAGGAAUAGAUAGCAGCGUAUGGUAAUAUCUAGAGAAAGAGAGAGUGAGAAAGAGAGUAUGAAUGUGAGAGAGAUAGACGAAAGAAAAAGAGUAUAUAAUAUACGUAUAUAAGAACCAAAGAAGAGAAGAAAAAAAAAAGAUUAAAAAAUGACGUGUAGAUACUAAUACAUACGUAGAGAUCAGAGUUUGAAGUUUAUGUAUUAAACAUGAUAAAGGAUAAACGACGUCAACAAAAAAUACAUAUUAUACAUACAUAUAUAUAUACAUAUAUAUAUAUAUAGUUGAAAUGAAUUUAAUCAACCUUAUUCUGUACGUGAUGUACGUGGAUGAAUAAAAUCUUUAUUUUUUGGCCUG